AUGAUGGCGGCCGAGGCCACGGGUGAGGAGGGCGGCUCGGGCGCUGUGGCCGGGACGGCGGGAGCCGCUGCCGCCGGGGAGCUGGGGCACUGCCCCGCCUUGUGCCGGGGCCGGGCGCCGGAGCCGCAAGGCCCCUUCCUGGUCGGUGGCGGUCCCCCAGGUGGGCCGGCUUUGUGCUCUGUUCUGGGGCUUCUGGAGCUGGACGCGGGGUCAGCCUCUCCGGCGGCCGCUGGGGUUGCCGAUCCCGGCUUCCCCCCGCUGCCGCUGCCGCCGCCGCCGCCCCCAUUGGCCGGAGGGCUGGGGACAGUGGACGAGGGAGACUCGCUGGACGGGCCGGAGUACGAGGAAGAGGAGGUGGCCAUUCCGCUCAACGCGCCCCCCACCAAUCAGUGGUAUCAUGGAAAACUUGACAGAACAAUUGCAGAAGAACGUCUUCGACAAGCAGGAAAACCUGGAAGUUACCUUAUUCGAGAGAGUGAUCGGAGACCAGGUUCAUUUGUGCUUUCAUUCCUUAGUAAAACAAAUGUCAAUCAUUUUAGGAUUAUUGCCAUGUGUGGAGACUAUUAUAUUGGUGGGCGUCGAUUUGCUUCGCUCUCAGACCUGAUCGGUUAUUACAGUCAUGUGUCCUGCUUGCUGAAAGGGGAAAAGCUCUUAUUUCCAGUAGCACCUCCAGAGCCUGUGGAAGACAGAAGGAGAGUUCGAGCAAUUCUACCUUACACCAAAGUGCCAGAAACUGAUGAAAUAAGUUUCCUUAAAGGAGACAUGUUUAUUGUCCAUAAUGAAUUGGAGGAUGGCUGGAUGUGGGUUACAAACCUACGGACAGAUGAACAAGGUCUUAUUGUGGAAGAUCUGGUAGAAGAAGUGGGAAGAGAAGAAGAUCCCCAUGAAGGCAAAAUAUGGUUCCAUGGGAAGAUCUCCAAACAAGAAGCUUACAAUUUGCUGAUGACAAUUGGUCAGGUGUGCAGUUUUCUUGUGAGGCCUUCAGAUAAUACCCCUGGUGAUUAUUCACUUUAUUUCCGGACCAGUGAAAAUAUUCAGCGUUUUAAAAUAUGUCCAACAUCAAACAAUCAGUUUAUGAUGGGAGGCAGAUACUAUAAUAGUAUUGCUGACAUCAUUGAGCACUACAGAAAAGAACAGAUUGUUGAAGGAUAUUACUUAAAAGAUCCUGUUCCGAUGCAGCACCAAGAACAAGUGCUUAAUGAUACGGUGGAUGGAAAAGAAAUCUACAAUACAAUUCGUCGGAAAACAAAGGAUGCUUUUUAUAAAAAUAUUGUCAAAAAAGGUUAUCUUCUGAAAAAAAGUAAAGGAAAGAGAUGGAAAAACUUGUACUUUAUAUUAGAGGGAAAUGAUGCCCAGCUUAUUUAUUUUGAAAGUGAAAAACGAGCCACAAAACCCAAAGGACUAAUAGACCUUAGCGUGUGUUCUGUCUACGGAGUACAUGACAGUUUAUUUGGCAGGCCAAACUGUUUUCAGAUAGUAGUUCAGCACUUUAGUGAAGAGCAUUACAUCUUUUACUUUGCAGGCGAAACUCCAGAACAAGCACAGGAUUGGAUGAAAGCUCUGCAGGUGUUUUGCAGUUUAAGAAAAAACAGUCCAGGAACAUCGAAUAAACGUCUGCGUCAGGUCAGCAGUCUCAUUUUGCACGUAGAAGAAGCUCAUACACUCCCAGUAAAGCAUUUUACAAAUCCAUAUUGUAACAUCUACCUGAACAGCGUCCAGGUAGCAAAAACACACAUUAGGGAAGGACAGAACCCUGUGUGGUCUGAAGAAUUUGUCUUUGAUGAUCUUUCAUCUGAUAUUAAUAGAUUUGAGAUAAGUCUUAGUAACAAAACAAAGAAAAGUAAAGAUCCAGAUAUAUUGUUUAUGCGUUGCCAAUUAAGCCGAUUACAAAAAGGACAUGCAACAGAUGAGUGGUUUCAACUCAGUUCCCAUGUACCAUUAAAGGGUAUUGAGCCAGGAUCUUUGCGUGUUCGAGCACGAUAUUCCAUGGAGAAGAUCAUGCCAGAAGAAGAGUAUAAUGAGUUUAAAGAGCUUAUACUCCAGAAAGAACUUCAUGUAGUCUAUGCCUUGUCACAUGUUUGUGGACAGGAUAGAACACUAUUGGCUGGCAUCUUACUGAAGAUUUUUCUUCAUGAGAAGCUUGAGUCCUUGUUGUUACGAACACUAAAUGACAGGGAGAUAAGUAUGGAAGAUGAAGCUACUACCUUGUUCCGUGCCACCACUUUAGCAAGCACACUUAUGGAGCAGUAUAUGAAAGCCACAGCAACAAGUUUCGUUCAUCAUGCGCUGAAAGACUCCAUAUUAAAAAUAAUGGAGAGCAAGCAGUCCUGUGAGUUAAAUCCCUCCAAGUUAGAAAAAAAUGAAGAUGUAAACACUAAUUUGGCGCAUCUACUCAGUAUACUUUCAGAAUUGGUGGAGAAGAUAUUCAUGGCUGCAGAGAUACUGCCCCCGACAUUGAGAUAUAUUUAUGGGUGCCUGCAGAAGUCUGUUCAAAACAAAUGGCCAGCUAAUACUACCAUGAGAACCAGAGUUGUUAGUGGCUUUGUUUUUCUUCGGCUGAUUUGUCCUGCUAUCCUGAACCCAAGGAUGUUUAAUAUCAUCUCAGAUUCUCCUUCCCCCACUGCUGCAAGAACACUGACGCUGGUCGCCAAGUCUGUGCAGAAUUUAGCAAAUCUCGUUGAAUUUGGAGCUAAGGAGCCGUAUAUGGAAGGCGUAAAUCCUUUCAUCAAGAGCAACAAACAUCGCAUGAUCAUGUUCUUGGAUGAACUUGGCAAUGUUCCUGAGCUUCCAGACACUGCAGAGCACUCUCGAACUGACCUCUCCCGGGACCUGGCGGCCUUGCAUGAGAUCUGUGUGGCACACUCGGAUGAGCUCCGGACGCUCAGCAAUGAACGAGGGGUGAUGCAGCACGUUCUUAAGAAGCUUUUGGCCAUUACUGAACUGCUACAACAAAAACAAAAUCAGUAUUCAGUGUCUAACAACAUCAGGUAGCAGCCGUCUACCUGAAUUCUGCAUGGAUCCAGCAUGCCCAACAAGGCAACUCUCACCAUUAUCACUUCCUUGCUCUUGCCAAAAAUAGCACACCCUGUCACAUUCCCAGUGAUGUGUGAACUAUGCAAAAAGAAAACAAAGAUUCUGUUGGUGAAUGUACCAGCAGCUUUUUUUAAGCUAUCUGUGCAGGACAUUUGCACUUUUUUUUUUUUUUCCACU